AUGCGCUGGAACCCCGAAACAGACACACUAACCUUUGCUGAAAAGGAAAUUCCGGUCUUAGAUUCCAUUACCAAGAGAGAUGUCCUUACGUAUGCUUCCAGGAUUUACGACCCGUUAGGAAUACUCAGUCCAGUGACGGUACGAGCCAAGAUUUUGAUGCAAGAUUUAUGGAAAGAGAACUUAGACUGGGAUGUACCAUUACCCGAACAGUAUGUUAAGGUGUGGAACAACCUAGCGACCGAUCUACGAAGUGCUUUAAAAAUCCAGUUAUCAAGACAGUACAUACAAGACACAAAUACAGAAACCGGAAGUGAGUUGGAAACCGGAAGUGAACCUGACAACCUUCAACUACAUGUAUUCGUAGAUGCAAGCGUUAAAUCAUACGGUGCUGCAGCCUACAUCCUGAACCAUAAGGAAACACGACUAGUCAUGGCAAAGUAUAGAAUCGCACCAGUCAAAAAGCUCACACUUCCCCAGCUAGAGUUAAUGGCGGCAGUUAUCGGAGCUCGACUCUACGAACAUUUACAGACGACACUUGAAGUAAAGAACGUUACCUUCUGGUCAGACAGUCAGAUUGUACUACAUUGGUCGGCAACGAUGAAACAACUUACUGGAUUCGUUAAAAACAGAGUAGAAACGACACCCGUUACCAGUGUACAGUGCCUUGCAGACAAUACGAUUACAACACACAUACUGAGUAACGUAAUCAACAUCCAGCACUACAGUAAAUACCACAGAUUGCUAUGUGUGACAGCGUUGUUACUAAGAUUUAUAUUCAACUGUAGAACACCAUCCGCUGUGAGACAUUACGGGCACGUAACUGCACGUGAAAUUGACAUUGCACGGUUAAAAUGGAUACAAGAUGUGCAGCAGACUACAUAUCAAGAUGUCAUACAAGAGUUAAAAUCCGGUAACAGAAAACAACCUAUUAUACGACAGUUGCGACUUUUCCUUGAUAGCGACAAUUUCAUACGCUGUGGCGGCAGAAUACACAUACAUAACGCGCAGAUACCGGAAGUUGCAAAAUUUCCUUACCUACUGCCUGACAAACAUUACUUCACGAAGCUAUUGAUCAGGACGACACACGAGAGACUUCUUCAAGUUGGAGCCUCAUCAAUUGUAACACAUUUACGACAACAGUACUGGAUACCAGCAAUCAGACGCUGCGUAAUUUCAGUUUUGAAGAGAUGUGUUACCUGCAAGAAAGUCACCGGAAAACCCUUUGAUGCACCAGACUCCCCACCACUUCCUAAAAUACGUGUCAAAGAUGCAAUCCCGUUUCGAAUUACAGGAGUUGACUUCACUGGUCACCUUUACGUUAGUGAACAAAACGGCAGAGAAUCUAAAGCAUAUAUUUGCUUGUUUACAUGUGCUUCUACUCGUGCAGUCCACGUAGAAGUAGUCCCUGACCUGUCUACAGCUUCCUUCAUGCAAGCGUUCCGGAGAUUCAGCAGUCGACAUUUGUUACCGGAAAUAAUGGUUUCAGACAACUGUACGACGUUUGAGGCAGCGUCGCAAGAGGUCCAUCGUUUAUACAACUCACGUAAACUACACGAUUCACUGUCCAGCAAAGGCACAGAAUGGCGAUUCAUCCCGAAAAGAGCUCCAUGGUACGGCGGGUGGUGGGAGCGGUUAAUUGGCAUGGCAAAAGAAGCACUAAAGAAAGUACUAGGUCGUUCGUACGUUAACUAUCAAACACUCCAGACGAUAGUUACCGAGAUCGAGACUGUUCUCAACGACAGACCACUUACGUAUGUCACAUCCGGUGUGUCUGAUCCUGAACCACUGACUCCAUCACACCUCCUGUACGGCAGAACGUUGACGUCAUACCUACAUAGUACGUUACACGGCGACGGUAAAAUUACAGAAAACAUGAAUGAUCACCGAACUCUCACGAGAUGUGUCGAUAUUCAACGUAAACUAAUCAGUAACUUCCGUCAACGUUGGCGGCGGGAGUACCUGACGGCCCUCAGAGAAUAUCAUCAAGCGCACGGGAAAAACGAGCAGACGAUAUCAGAAGGAGAGGUUGUACAGAUACAUGAUGACGGUCCUAGAACGCGUUGGAAACUAGCAGUGGUAACCGAACUUAUUCAUGGAAAUGAUGGACUUGUACGUUUCGCGGUUAUAAAAACUAAAGACGGUAUCACAAAUAGACCGGUUACAAAGUUAUAUCCGCUGGAAGUGCUGAAAAGUGAUUAA